AGUGCGCAGGCGUACUUCCUGCUUCCCGGCGGCGUGUUCCUCAGGUCCAGGUUUCCUAGUCUCCUGGCAGGUGGUCCGCGCCGGCUCCUGGCAGUGCACCUUUCACCGCGCCUAGCUUUUUGGUUGGGACACUCGGCUCACAGCACGCAAGCUCCCGAGGCCGCUGCUCCGGUUCACACGCUUCCGCCCGCAACGGACUCAUGGCCGAGCGCGGGGAACUCGAUCUGACCGGCGCCAAACAGAACACCGGUGUGUGGCUGGUCAAGGUUCCUAAAUAUUUGUCACAGCAAUGGGCUAAAGCACCUGGAAGAGGUGAAGUUGGGAAACUGCGGAUUGCCAAGAAUCAAGGAAGGACUGAGGUGUCCUUUACGUUGAAUGAAGAUCUUGCAAAUAUUCAUGAUAUUGGUGGGAAACCAGCCUCAGUCAGUGCUCCUCGAGAACAUCCGUUUGUCCUGCAGAGUGUCGGAGGACAGACAUUAACAGUAUUUACCGAAAGCUCGUCGGAUAAACUGUCUCUGGAAGGAAUCGUGGUACAAAGAGCUGAAUGCCGACCUGCUGCUAGUGAGAACUACAUGAGAUUAAAGAGAUUACAAAUAGAGGAAUCUUCCAAACCUGUAAGGCUAUCACAACAACUGGAUAAAAUUGUAACAACCAAUUACAAACCUGUUGCUAAUCAUCAGUACAAUAUUGAAUAUGAAAGGAAAAAGAAAGAAGAUGGGAAACGAGCUCGAGCUGAUAAGCAGCAAGUUUUAGACAUGCUGUUUUCAGCCUUUGAGAAGCACCAGUACUACAACCUGAAGGACCUGGUGGACAUCACAAAACAGCCUGUGGGCUACCUGAAGGAAAUCUUGAAAGAAAUUGGUAUUCAGAAUGUAAAAGGGAUCCACAAAAACACAUGGGAGCUGAAGCCCGAAUACAGACACUAUCAAGGAGAAGAAAAGAGUGACUAAGCGGCCGCCGGGCAGGCUGGCUGGUGGAGCGGUGCAGGGUGACACUGAGGCCGCAGUGAUGACGCUGGAACACUGAGCGCCUGUGGCAGUAGCAGUAACAUGGCUGGUACUUGGGUUUCUCUUGGUCAAUUUUUCAAACCUCUAUUUCUUAUAAAGUUUCAUAAAUUUUUUUUGAGAAGAAAGAAGUUUAUUUAUAGACUUGUAUCAAACCAGAUUAUCCAUGACUAGGAUAGGGUUGGGGAUGAAAAGGAUUUUUCUUUUUACAAGAUUACUUUUGCAAUGUAAAAUUAGGAAUUUUUCUAAUUAAGACUUUGUCCUUGCUCUGUCUCUUUGGAACAGAGGUAAUGCAGAUUUGAAGAGGGGAAAGUCAGUUACAGAAACUAUUAAGAAGAGUAAAAAGCCAAAGUUCCAUAUUCCAAAAUUGCUGGAGAACAAUCUUUUUUUAAAAAAAAAAAGGGAGGGGGGGAAUGACCGUGUUUCAUACUCAAACACACAUUAAUAAAAGGAAAACAUUGAAGUUUGUAGUGAAAUGUCAAUGUUCAUCCUUAGCUCAUUGGACUCUACUGAUGUUGAUAUGAGAAAUGGACAAAAACCUGCUCAGUUAAGAUUUCUUGGAGCCAGCAUUGUAGCAUAGCAGGUAAAGCUGCUGCCUGCAAUGCAGGCAUCACAUAUGGGCACCUGUUCAAGGCCCAGCUGCUCCACUUCCAGUCCAACUCCCUGCUGAUGGCAACCCACAGAGGAGACCUGGAAGAAGCUGCUGGCUUCUGCCUGGCCCAGUGCUGGCCAACGCAGCCCUCUGGGAAGUGAACCAGCUAAUGGGAGGAUCUAUCUCUCCUCUGUUCUAACUUUAAAAUAAAUAAAUAAAUCUUUAAAAAGAAAAAUUUCUUUUGUUUGCUUUUUAAAUAAUUAAAAAUUGGAUCAGGCCUUGGACACAGCAGUUAAAAUGCUUUUGCUCCCAGAAUUCUACAGCAGGCACAUAGGGGACAAAUGGUGUGGAUACUCUAAAGGAGGGUUGUAGGGUAGGGCUGAGACCAACAAAGUUAAUUUCACUUCCUGGGAUAUAAAAAUGUUUCUUUUACUCUUCUCUUUAAUUUUAAAUAAAAGCAAUGCAUGUACAUGAUUAAAGUUUU